AUCCAUUCCCCAACUAAAAAACCCCCAACCGAAGCCCCUUUUUCCCCUUUCCCAGGUCCAACGCGUGAUGCCGAACGACAGCUUUUACUUCUCCAUCGUGCGGGACCCGGGCUCCUUGGGCGCCUCGGCCUUCUCCUAUUUCCGCGCGGCCUCCCCGGCCUUCCGCCGCUCGCCGUCCCUCGCCGCCUUCCUCGCCUCCCCCUCCCGCUUCUUCCAGCCCGGAGCCCGCGGCAACCACUACGCCCGCGACCUUCAGUGGUUCGACUUCGGCCUCCCUCGGCCCUCGGCGCCCUCCCAGAUCCCGGCUUUGCUGGCGGAGCUGGAGCGGAUUUUCCCCCUGGUCCUCCUGGCCGAGCGCUUCGACGAGUCCCUGGUGCUGCUGAGGGAGCGCCUGUGCUGGCCGCCCGAUUCCGUGGAUACUUUCCCUCACAAUUCCCGCGGUUCCUCCCAGGAGAUCCCGGCCUGGCAGGUUCGGCGCUUGCGGGCCUGGAAUUCCCUGGAUUGGGCGCUUUAUUCGCAUUUUAACCGCACUUUCUGGCGCCACGCCGAGCGCUUCGGGCUGGCGCGGCUGCGGCGGGAGGCGGCGGCGCUGAGGCGGCGGCGGGAGGAGCUGGCCCGGCGCUGCCUGAGGGGAGGCGGCCCCGUUCCCGCCCGCGCCAUUCCCGACGGGAACCUGCGGCCUUUCCAACCGCCGGGAGGAGGCCAAAUCCUGGGCUUCGCCCUCAGGGAAGGGCUGGGAGAGGAGGAGCGGGAGCUCUGCGGCCGGAUGGCGAUGCCGGAGCUGCCCUACAAGGAUCUGCUGGAGCGGCGGCAGUUCGGGAACGGCUCCCGGGGGUGAAAAAAUUCCCGAAAUUCCCGAAAUUCCCUCACAAUCCCCGCCGUUCCUCCCGGGAGAUCCCGGCCUGGCAGGUUCGGUCCCUACGGGCCCGGAAUUCCCUGGAUUGGGCGCUUUAUUCCCAUUUUAACCCUGAGGGAAGGGCUGGCGGAGGAGGAGCGGGAACUCUGCGGCCUCGGCUCGGGAACGGCUCCCGGGGGUGAAAUAAUUCCCGAAAUUCCCUCAGGGAUAAAAACAACAGAAAUCCCGCCGGGGUUCCCGUUAAAUUCGGGGUUGGAAUCCUGGUGUU